AUGUCAUAUGACAUCAAAGUUUGGCGUGUGAUCAAAAAAGGAUAUUUUCCAGUUCCGUCAAAGAAAGAUGAUGAUGGUCAAGUCAUAGUAUCAACUGACCCACUUGAUUUAGAUUACUACACUGACAAACAUGCUGCUGUAAUAACUGUGAAUGCCAAAGCAAAAAAUCUUAUGUACAAUGCUAUCAACGGAGAAGAAUAUGAAAAGAUUUCGAGCUGUGAAACUGCCAAGGAAAUGUGGGAUAAAUUGGAAGUAACAUAUGAAGGAACCAACAAGGUAAAAGAAAUAAGGAUCAAUCUUCUAGUUCGUGACUAUGAACUAUUCCAAAUGAAAGAUGGAGAAUCAGUGGAGGAAAUGUUCUCUAGGUUCAGCAAAAUCCUUGGAGAUCUAAUGUCUCUUGGUAGACCAAUCAAAAGUGGAGAACAGGACCUUGACAAAAUAUCCUAUGAUGAACAUAGAGGUGAUCUAAUUGCCUUUGAGAAAACUCACUUGGACAGGCAAAUUAAACAAGAAAAGAAGAAAACGGUUUCUUUUAAAGCAACUGUUGCUGAAUCAGAAAAUGAAGAAGAGGAGGAAGGAGAAGUACGGGAUGAAAAUAUACCCAUGCUCUCCCAAGUUGUCACAAGCAUGAUGAGGAAACACAGAUAUAGUAGAAGAGGUAGAUCAAACUUCAGAAAAGGAAGGACGAGCAAUGAAAAUGAUAAAAAUGAUGGAAGAUGCUAUGAAUGUGAAAAAUAUGGACACAUUCAAGCUGAUUGUCCCGAACUGAAAAGAAAACUAAGCAGGAACUUUCAAAAGAAGAAGUCCUUUGGAUCCUGGAGUGAUGAAGAAGAAUCUGACCAUGAAGAAAUUAUAAAUAUGUAUUUCAUGGUCACAAAAGAAGGUAGCAAUAAAGACUCAGAUGAGCCUGAGCUCAUGGCAGAAAGCAAAGCAGAUAAGAAAGAAGACUCCGGCGAACUCUAUCUCAUGGCAGACGAAGAAACCAGUGAGGUACGUCUUUAUUCGUGUCCCAACUGUUAUGAACUUCAAGAAUUUGUUCAUAUUGCUCUUAUAGAUAUCGAAAAAGUUUUAGGAGAACUCAGAAAAAUCAAAAGCGAAAAGAAAGAUUGGGCCCUGAAGUUGAUCAAAAAUAACAGGAGAUGGGUCUGGCGACCUAAAUCCAUUAGUCAAGCUAACACUCAGAAGUCUAACCAUUCAGGACCCAAGCAGGCUUGGGCACCUAAAAACAACUCAACAUGUGAUGUAGAUGAAGUGUAUCUGGCUGAAGAACUUGGGUACAAUCUUCUCAGCAUUAGUCAACUAUGUGAUAAUGACUACGAGGUUCGGUUCAAAAAAUAUGGUUGGUUUAUUGAAGAUGAAUCAGAUACUAACCCUCAUUUGAAGAAUGAUCGUCUUCCUGAAAAUGAAAAAAUUUCCAUAGUGCCAAAGUCCAUCGAUAAAAGUGGAAUUUCCUCUGAAAAAGUGACUAAUCAGCAAAAUCAGUCGACUAUGUCUCUGACAGAAAAUCAGGAGUCCACCUUAAUCGGUCUAACUAACUCUGCUGAAAAGGAGUUAAAAUUAGUCAUCCCAAAUGAAUGA